GUCUAGCCUAUGGGCAAAUAAGAGACCUUUGUGGCAAGACUGCACACGAAAAUGGGCGUGAAUGCUGUUCAGUAGCCUACUCCUGACCUGAAGCCAGCUAACGCUUCAACGGUAAGUCCCAAAAUAGCAUGGGCAGGGCGGCCUUGGAAAUAUUUAGCUACCAUGAACUGCUGCGAUGGCGACAGAUCCACCCAUAACGCAACAAAUAACGAAGAAUCAUCGAGAGAUCAAGAGACCACCCGUAAAUGUUCGUCUUGAGGAUGUGGAGGACUGUUUGAUUUAUGACCGAAAUGGCGUCUCAACUCCCUUCAAAGAGUUAUACCAAGACAGGAAAUCAGUCGUUAUUUUUGUACGGGUAGGAAAUAUUAGGCUACUUUACGGUUUAUUCACUUUAAACUUUACGAAACAUUUAGACUAACCUACAUAGCCUACAUUCAGAAGUGUUUAUGGCGUUGGGUCUAGGUUUUCAAAUUAUAAACCUUAUCUAUUGAUCUAAUAAUUGAAAAAGCAACUUCGUGCUUCUGACAGCGCUGCGCAGGCAGCAAAGUAGCCUAGCUAGCCUACUGUUCGGCGUAGUCAGACUAGACAGAUUUGGGGGACACGACAUGCACAGGUGUUCACUGUUCAAAGAGGGGGAGACUAUUAUUAAAAUGAAUAACAGCAGACAAGCUUCAAAUUCAUAAACAAACUCUGUAUUUCGACAGAAUUUCUUGUGCCACACCUGCAAAGAAUAUGUGGAUGAUUUGAGCAGAAUACCAGGGGAAGUUCUGAAGGUGAGUGAUGAAGUGUUGUCUUUUCUUAAUCUAGGCUGUUUUUCCUUUGACGUUUUCAAUUUUAAUAGGGAAACGUUUCCAACUGCUACUUUUUUCAGUCUGUAACUGUCUUUAUUGAAAACCAUUUGCAGCAUUAGAUAAAGUAUAAUUUUAAUCUAGUCACUUUAAUUCAUGAUUACAUACUGUUUACCCACUAUUCCGGACUCUGACAUUGCACGUUCUGAUAUUUCUUAAUUUCUUUCUUUUUACUUUUUGGAUUAUGUGCGUAUUGUUUUUGUAUUGCUAGGUAUUAGGCCUAUUACUGCACUGUUGGAGCUAGAAACACAAGCAUUUCGCUGCACCUGCGUUAACAUCUGCACAUCUGUGAAUGUAACCAAUAAACUUUUAUUUGAUUUUAGUGACAAAUGUGACAAAGCUACAAAAUAGGCUAUAACUUGUUGUCUAACUUGAUGAAUCUUUUCAUAUAUUCAAUGUAGGAAGCUGGUCUCAGACUGGUUGUUAUCGGACAAUCAUCUCAUCAUCAUAUUGAGGUAGGCAUAUUCAAUGUAUCAUUCUGCAAUUAUGUCAAUGUCAAUAAUACUUGUAAGCUUGUUAUUUGUUGUUUGAUGUGUUGUUGUGCCGUGUCUGAUGUGUGUUUUCUCUGUGUGAUGUAGUCGUUCUGCUCACUGACUGGCUACCCACAUGACAUGUACGUCGACCCAGAGAGAUGCAUAUACAAAAGACUGGGGAUGAGGAGAGGAGAGAUGUCUGUGGAAUCAGGUAAGACAUUCAUUCAGGCUUUUGUUGUAUACCUGAAAUAGCAAUAGCCUACUCUACAUAAAAGCUGUAAUGAAAUUAAACAUAAAAAACUGUCUGUCUAGCCCACCCUAGCCCUCAUGUGAAGUCAGGUAUGCUCGUGGGCCAUAUGAAGAGCAUGUGGAGGGCCAUGACCAGCCCUAUAUUUGACUUCCAGGGAGAUCCUCGACAGCAGGGUGGAGCCAUCAUCAUUGGCCCAGGUAACUGCAUUGUGCUAUUGCAGUGUUGUUGAUAGUAUUAGCUAUAGCUUACAAAUAGCCUACCUUAGUGCAUGUGAUUCACAUCUUGGGAUAUUCCAUAGGGUUUAUGCACAGUGGUAUAUCACUUUUCAUUCUUCAAGUGGUCUAAAAUUUUGUUGGGUCAGUAUCCAAAAUGGCAUCUGUUGUGAAGAUACUGCUCUGUCUAUUAGUGUGUAAAUCUGUCAUUCUGCGCAGGCUCUGAGGUCCAUUUUGCCCAUUUGGAUAUGAACCGGCUGGACCACAUGCCCAUCAACUGGUUGCUACAGCUGGCCGGAGUACAACACACCCUGGACCUCAGUGAUAAGCCAAAGAUCAUUGUCGUGUAGCCCACUUGCUUUGUUUUUGUGUCGUGAUGAAAAACAUUUAAUCUAAAAAAAAGUACAUUUUUUGUUUUCAAUACAAAAAACAGUCAGCCACCCAGGCUUGACACCAUGUUGGAGAUGCAUGCUUAAUUGUCUGUUUAUAAUCAUGUACAUAAAUAAUACUUACUUUUUCACUGCUGCAUCUUAGUCAUAAUUGUCAUAAUUCAACAGUUGACCAAUAGGCUUAGGCUACACAUCACCCCAUCAGACAUCAAGUCCUCUACACAUUCAUUCUACAUCAUUCUCUAAAAC